ACUAGGUAAAUGUAAAUUUUUGUUCUCAAUCGUUUUCGUUUUUUACUUAUCAGUGUUUAUGUGUAUUUUUUAAUCAAUGGUCAAUAAACCGUAAGAAAUCUUUAAGGAAAUGUGUUUAAUAUAAUUGUAAGUCUUGCACUAACUAGGACCGGAUUGUCGACUACCUAAUUUGGCUAUGUAAUAGUCGUUAAAAUGAACUCAAAACAGGCUAUAUUUGAAACAAUAGUUGAUCAAUCAGACGCUAUUCCAUUAUGUCCUCGUCUAAAUUUAUUUCUGAAACCUUUUGCACGGAUUUUGAUCACUGUUCAAUUGGAUGGCAAAACCAAAACGACAAUUUCCAAUUGGCAAAUCAUGGAGCGCUUAAAAGAAUGGAUAGAUCCAGACAAGUUUUCUCAUCUCUGUGUAGCAAAAACAACUUCGGAAUUAAUAAGGUUCGAUGCAGAAUUAGCAGACCGUUCACGAUUGUCAAUAGUAUUAUCCCGUUUGUGUGAUAGACGAAUAAAAUUUCCUGGAUUUUCUUAUCUAUUGACUGUGCGUGCUAUUGAAUCUGAACCAGAUUUUCCUACUCGCCAUAAUUGGGAUUCAUAUUUUCGUGAUAGUAAAGAUAUGAACGAAUUAAAACCGGGUGAGCGUCCUGAUACUUUACACAUUGAAAAUUUACCUUUGGAGUGGUUAACUGAAGCAGGAGAAAAAUAUCCUAGUGAAAAUAUUCUAAAAAAAAUAUUCAAUGGAUUUGGUGAAGUAGCUCGUGUUGAUUUGCCUGCUGCUGACCCAUCAAGAGUUAUUCAUGGAGUAGGAAUCUGUGAUGCUUACAUACAAUUCAGAGACUAUUCAGCUUUUGCAAAAGCGAUGAAUGCAUUAAGAGGUAAUAAAUUGGCUUUAAUCACAGAUACAAAAGCACUAACAGCUAAUAUCAAAGUGGACUUUGAUAAAACAAAACACAUGACAUUAAGUGCGAUUACAAAAAGACAUGAACGCCGUGAUCGUUUCCUAAUGAGGAAAAAAGUUAUUGAAGAAACAGAAAGACUAGAGAAAGCAAAGGAAUUAAAAAAACGAGAAGAAGAAAAUAAAAAAAAACUUUUUGAACUGGAAAAAAAAAAUGAAAGGCGUAAAUUACGAGAAGAAAAACGUAAAGCAAAACGUAUUAAGCGUUUAGCUGAACGAGAAGCAGAUGUAAUGAAUCAAAAAAUUGCAACUGAAGAAAGACUUCUGUUAAAAACACAAAGAAAACUAGAAGCUAUUCACUUACUGGGAGAAUUGUUUACACGAAUUAAAUCGAAAAUUAAUCUUAAAAGUAAUGAGGAAGAAAAGUCUGAAAAAAAUAAUGCCAAUACAAAUAACGUUCAGUGUAGAGAUAUUGAGUCUACUUUCAGACAAAGAAUGAUUGAAAAAUGGAAACCAUCUCAGCAUAAAAUAUUAAAAAAUUCCUCAAAUAAUAAUGAUUCUGAAAAUCGCAGUUAUAACAACGACCAAAACAAUCGUGGCCGAGGCCGAGGAAUUUGGAGAGGUAAUCGUGGAAAAGGCACACAUCAAUACAUAGGUCGAGGACCAUACCUAUUGCCACCCAUUUUCGAUCCAAUGCAGUUGAUUAAUUACGGACACAAGUAUCAUAAGUACAUUCAAAAACUUAAUAAAAAAACAGAUAAUGACAGGAGUCGUAGCCGUAGUCGAAGCCGAAAACGAAGGCGAUCAUUUUCCAGUAGAAGCUCAAGGAGUUAUAGUCGUAGCAGAAGUCGGAGUCGAAAUAAAAGUUAUAGUAGGUCGAGAAGUAGGAGUUGUACAAAAAUAAGCAAUUCAAGGAGUAGAAGUCGUUCAAAAAGUAAGAGUCCUAAAAAAACCCACAAAAGUCAUUCAGAGAGUAAGAGUCGAAGUAGAAGUAUUGAUAAGAGUUCAGAGAAAACAAUAGAAAACAGGUCUAAACAUAAACAUAAGAAAAAGAGUAAAAAUAAGAAGAGUAAAAAGCCCAAGAAAUCUAAGAAAUGAUAUUUUGAUUAUUGUAUUAUCAAGAAGGUAAAUGCUUCCUUAGAUUUUUAGAUAUUUAAUAACCAUUCGAUCAUACUUCUGGUCUUAAAGUAAACACAUAAACAUAUUUUUAUUUUAUGUUAAAAGUAUUUCCUGUGAGUGUCUUGAAGACCGCGCUGCAAUUAGGUAUCUAUCUGCAGAGAAUAAGAUUUUACAUGCCCUAUUUUCUAGGCUUGUGUAAAACUGUUUUCCCUAUGAAUUAAGAUGUGACAUACCACAUUGUACAACACAACUUGAAGCUGAUGUUCCUGUUAAUAGUUUUUUUGUUUUUGUAAUAAUAUUACUGA